GUCACCUCCUGUUAUUCGCUCGACGCACGCAUUUCCGGCUCACGUUAGCACACAGCCAUGGCAGCUUCCGCUUCCGCCGCAUCUUCCUUCAUCGGCACGUGCCUCCCUGACGUGCACUCCACUUCGGGUCGGUUCGUGGCUCGGUUUGGGCUUGGCACCAAGAAGAGCCCGCCUAAGAAAGCAUCGAAGCGUAGCUCCGAUAGGCCACUGUGGUACCCGGGAGCGCAGGCGCCGGAAUGGUUGGACGGAAGUCUUGUCGGCGAUUACGGAUUCGACCCGUUCGGGUUGGGAAAACCAGCGGAGUAUUUGCAGUUCGACCUGGACUCACUGGACCAGAACCUCGCGAAGAAUUUGGCCGGUGACGUGAUCGGGACUCGAACAGAGUUUUCCGAUGUCAAAUCGACGCCAUUCCAGCCUUACAGUGAGGUUUUCGGCUUGCAGAGAUUCCGUGAGUGCGAGCUCAUUCACGGACGGUGGGCCAUGCUGGCUACACUCGGUGCCCUGGCCGUUGAAUGGCUCACCGGCGUUACCUGGCAAGACGCUGGCAAGGUAGAGCUUGUUGAGGGUUCAUCCUACCUUGGGCAACCUCUUCCCUUCUCAAUGACCACAUUGAUCUGGAUUGAGGCUCUGGUGAUUGGAUACAUUGAGUUCCAAAGGAACGCCGAGCUGGACCCCGAGAAGAGGCUGUAUCCCGGCGGCAAGUUCUUCGACCCACUGGGCUUGGCCGCCGAUCCGGAGAAGAAGGCCACCCUGCAACUUGCAGAGAUCAAGCAUGCUCGUCUUGCCAUGGUGGCCUUCCUUGGUUUUGCUGUUCAAGCUGCGGCCACUGGCAAAGGCCCUCUCAAUAACUGGGCAACCCAUUUGAGCGAUCCUCUUCACACUACCAUCAUUGACACUUUCACUUCCUGAAAAAGCUUUCUACUCUCUAGUCAUCUGAUAUUGGCAAUAUGCAUGUCCUGCAGACAUUUCACGUAGUUCAAUUAGUACUUGUAAAGUUAGUGAUAUGGUGGAAUUUGAGAGGCUAAAGCAGAAUGUUACUGCUUCAUUUUAUUGCGUCUCAAUGUUAAGAAUCUGAAAACAUGAAAAUGAAACGAGUGUGAAAAGAUGAGUUUGGCUCCUUGUUA